UUAAAAGUCUUGUGUUCAGUUGAAACUGUUCCAGUUUUAAUCCUAUGUGUUGUUCUUUAAGAUUAUUUUUUUCACUUUUUUAGUCUUAAAGAACUAAUGUAUCAUCUUUCAUUUUCACUAGUGAAUAUUUACAAUUUAACAAAAAAGGUAUACUUAUCACACAAAAAAAACUAUAUGGUUUCCCAUUAGUUAUUACUAUACUGAAACUUCGUCUGUAAUUUCUAGUCGCCAACACUUUCGUCAUGACUCACAAGAGUCGCAACUAAAUAGUUUUUUAUCGGUUGACAAACAAAAAAGACAAGAAUUAUAUUGAACUCUCCAUGUAGAGUCUUUCUGGUCCCUGUCUCUGUCUAUGAAUAUUGUUUUCUUGAGCAAGAGUUUCAACUUAAUGUGGAAGAAUGUUUCGUGGCAGAAAUUUCUUGUUGAAUUUCCUUUUAAUUUUCCACGUUUUCCUGACUCUAUUGAUCUUCUUCAUAUCUUACUCUAUUAAAAGGGCGAUAUGCAGGCUCCUUAAGGGUGCCACGUCGGAUCGGAAAUUCCACCAAUGAUAGUGCAGCAAAGAGACAUGUCAUCUCUUAAUAAUUUCGUUUGGGCUUCGUGUUUGGUAUAAUUGAUUUUGGGCUUCUGGUUUUAGAUUUUUUCGAUUAUUAGGGCUUCGUCUUUCUUUCUCAAUCAUUCCUUCUUCCGACUUCGGUGAUCUUGCCGUUCUUCUCUUCGACUUCCUCCUCUUCUCUUACUCUUCUCUCUGGAUCCGUUUCAUCCCAUACUCUCUUUACUUCACGCUCUAAUCAAACCUUGAUUGAUUUCAUUGAAUGGAUUCUUUUCAUCUUCCUCUCUAUCUCUCUAUUUAUAAAUCUUUUCACUUGAGUUAUGUGUCGAUCAAAAUUGAAAAUUCUCUCUCAAACAAUCGUCGCGAUGGAACCCAAAGGACACUCUCCGAUCUCAAGCCUCCGCACUACCAACAAAAAGACCGUCGCAUCUUCCGCGUCCACUAAGCCAAACGGGAAGUCCGUCGAUUCCUCCGCCACUGCGAUGAAGCGUAACGGGAAGUCUGCUGUUUCGUCUGCUAUUCCGAUGAAGUCAAACACUUCUGCCGCCGUCUCCUCCGCGCAUGACGAUAAAAUGAUGUUCUUCAGAGAUGUGAAACUCGGCCCACAAGAGGUCGACUUGAGGUUCCGUCUGAUUCAUUACUGGGAGGCUCGAAAUCCAAAUACGAAAACUCUCAUUGGACAGGAAAUGCUCCUUAUCGAUGAAGAGGGAGCUGUUAUUCAAGGUUAUGUUCCAUCGGGACGGGUUGGGUCAUAUGAGCUGAUAUCGGGUUGUGUUUACAAACUGAAGAAUUUUUUCGGCUCCAGAAACAAAACUCAGUAUCGUGUUUCUGAUCAUAACGCAACCGUCACCUUCGCUUGGAAUUCUGAGCUAUCCGUUGUUGAUAACCCCCCGGUUUCAAUCCCUGAGGAUAGGUUCAGGUUUCAUAACUACGAGGAGUUCCAGGCUAAUUGUGACCACAAAAUUGAUCUUUAUGACUAUGUUGGCCACAUGAAGCUGGUGAAUGGGCAGACUAUCACUGAUCAUAUUGUUCUCGACGAAGCCGGCAUAGCAGAGAAGCGGCAUCUUUGUGUUCAUGUUCAGACACACGACGGGCCAGUAAUGAAGCUCUAUCUAUGGGACAAAGCGGCAUCGGACUUCUGUGAGAAAUUCAAAUCUUAUGGAAGCACUCCAAGCGUUAUUUUGGUCACCACAGUCAACCCUAAGCAUCUUGGAGGAACCCUUGCUCUGACUUCGAUGGCAUCAUCUCGAGUGUUUAUGGAUACUGAUGUUCAGCCUAGCAGGGAUUACCUCGGGUGGUUGGGAUCCAACUCGGAAAUUGCUAACAAGAUUAAUGCAGAGGUUGUCACUAAGCCUGAGACAGCUACUCUUGAGGAACUCUUCUCCUACAUAAAGCUGCCAACUGCUAAGGUUGCUUGGUUUGAAUGCACAGCAACUAUAGAUGAUGUUAUCCAGGGUUCGGCUUGGUAUUAUAUUUCAUGCGAUGGGUGUAACAGCAAGGCGUUCAAAGGGCCUACCUCCCUGAUUUGUAACAAUAAGAAGUGUAUGAAGAGUGAAGUCACGGGCGUUGCUCAAUACCUAACCAGGAUAUCUGUUUAUGAUAAGAGUGAGCAAGCAGUUUUUGUCAUUCUUGGUGAUGCUGGCAAAGAGUUGACUGGAAAGCAUGCUUCAGAAUUAGUUGCCAGAUACUUUGAGUCUAAUGAGAGCGUGGAAGCUGACCAUUGCGUGCCGGUACCGCAAGAUUUGCUUGAUACAAUCGGGCAGACACACAGGUUCAUAGUGAAAGUCUCCGAUCAUAACUUGAAAGGGAAGACACGGACCAUAACCGUCACCAAGAUACUUCCACCAGAAGCUCCACAUCCUAUAGAACCAUUGGUCGAAGACGCUAUUCCAGCUACGUCCGAUGGUUUCUUGAAGACUGGAAGUGAAGUAUCCGGUUCCUCCAGUGGGUUAGUGGAUGCCGCUGGUGGUCGGGUUAGAAAAGCGUCUGAGGGUAUUGAAUCAGACGAAGCCAAGCGUUCCAAGAGUGGCUAAUGCAGCUUCAGCUAUCUUCAUACGCAGUGACUGUUUUUUGCUGCAGUAUGAGUUCGGUUUGAUGUUUACGUAACGACUUUGCGUUUUUCUAUUUCUAUCUUCAUACUUUCCGUUUUUUGGUCGGUCUUUAUGUUUCUUUGAAUACAUUUUUCGUUAGUUGGAUACACUCAUCUCUUUAAACAAUUUGGUUAUCCUCAUCUCUUUAAAGAAUUUACUUGGCAUUAUUCCAUACUACUACUCAUAUAAUUCAGAGUUUAUGAUUAGAAUUGGUCAACAUCUACUUAAGAUCAGAACAAGUGCUAACAUUUUGACAGUCAGAACAGAACAAACUC